AUGUCAUCUCCUGCUAGAAAGGUAAUUAAUUGUGGAGGUCGGUGUUGUCAAAAAUGUGGUUACUGUUGUGACUGGUACCACAAUGGUAAUUGGAAGCGUCGUGAUGAUACACAAUGUCGUUAUCUUUAUGCUGAUCCUCGUCAUGGCCCAUCUUAUCAUUUUGAUUUUCUUGAUCGUCUUAGUCAUCCUUAUCAUUAUCUUGUAGGUACUGCCAGUGCUCCAUUCGCUGAUGCUCAUACUGGCCGCGCUUAUGCUUAUGGUAAUUGGGGUCUUCUCUGCAUCUGCAAGGAAAACAUUUGA